AUGUCCAGCUGGAAGAAGGCGGCCAAAACGAACCAGAAGGUGCACCGCGAACGGGCGCAACCUUCCGCCCGGCAGCAUCUCGGGCUGCUGGAAAAGAAGAAAGACUACAAGCUACGCGCCCGGGACCGCAAUCAAAAGGAAGCCACACUAAAGUUGCUACGCAAACGGGCCCUGAACAAGAAUCCGGAUGAGUUUUAUCACCACAUGAUCAACUCCAAGAUCCAGGAGGGCGAACAUCAUGAGCUGGAAAAGGGCGACGAGUUUACCAAGGAUCAGAUCAAGCUAAUGCAAACGCAGGAUUACAAGUAUGUUGCGAUGAAGCGAACGGUAGAGGCAAACAAAAUCCGUCGCCUGCAGGGCCAGCUCCACAUGACCGACGUGGUAAACGAGACGCCCAACAAACACAUCUUCUUCGUGGAGGACGAGCAGGAGGCGACGGAAUUUAAUCUGGCCGAACGACUGGACACACACCCAGAUCUGGUGGGCCGUCGGUCCAAUCGUCCCCGGCUGAAGGAUCUGAGCAAGCUGAAGCUGGCCGUCGGCCCGGAGGACAUCGCGCGCAUAAACCAGGAGCGUGACCUAUCGUACAGGGAGCUGAUGCGACGCAUUGACCGAGAGAAGGAGCUAACCGUGGUGCAGAAAACGCUCGAGAUCAAGCGUGCGCUGAAGCAGAAGCGUGCCCUGAAGCCUAAAUUGGUGGCAAAGGGAACGCCCCACCAGGCGCCACAGUUUAAGUUUAAGUUUGAACGAAAGCGGUAAGGUUUGUUUCCGGUUUUUUUUUUUGUAUAUUUAACUUAUGUACAAAAUGCAUUCGAAAUACGCAACGUUAAAUAAAGGAAAUGUAAUUGGAAGCAACCCGA